CUGGAGGAUAAUCUUGACCGUCCAUACGGUUAUUAUCAACGGAUUAGCUAUCGAUCCAUGUGACGGUGAAAUAUUUAAUACCGAUCGUUGAUUUUAACUUCGUCAACAAGUAAAAGCAUCAAACCGUCCACGUGGUUUCUAAUAUUGCUUGCCUUUAUGACUUCAUCGAACUCUCUCUGUGCAUUCUGUCACCCUGCAAUUGCUCCGAAUUAACAGUAACAAAACUUAGCCCUCACCCAACCAUGAAUCGCUUGAAAACCAGCUUCAUCAGCCACGUUCGGUCCUUGAAAUCGCUUCAGCAACCGGUAAUCCUUCGCCGGAACCUCGCAGCCCCGACGUAUUUAGCAUUCGGCUCAAGUGCUCCGUCAAAACUACCCAAAUCCCCCACCUUCUCGACUCAUCUCCGCAGUUUCUCUACUGACCGAUGCCAGGAUAUACGUGGGGAAGGGAGGAAGGUGAUUCACGAGAAAACUAAAGCAGUGAACACUUUAAAGCAAAGGAUGGUUGAAGCGAAACAGAGCGGGGAAUAUGAGAAACAGAAGGAAGCGAUAAUUAACAAAUUUCGAGUGGAAGCAGCAGAAAUUCGAGCGAAUUGGGACUCUAAGUUGAAGAUGAACGAGGAUUCGUUAUUGGAGGCAUUAACGGAAUGUAGGAAGUGUACGCUUGCAUUCCUGGAAGAUUGGGAAGAGAUGGAAGUGAAGAUCAGUGUGGCUAAGGCAGAGAAGAAAGGAUAUGAGAAAGAAAAGGAAGUGGAGGCACUGUAUCUCAGAAUUCAAGAGCAAUCAGCGUCUCAUACUUCAAAAAUGAUAUCUAAGAGCAAGGAGAUCGUUGGCGGUGAUAGUGAGGAGUUCAAGACAAUGUUUGAGAGACUAUGCGGCACCUCUGCUUUUGAACCGGAGAGUUCUCUUGUUGUGGAUGCCAUGGCACUUUGGAAUAGUAUAAGACAGGCUAAGAAACUCGGUUUCUCUAAAGUAACUAUUGAGUCAGAUAACAAGAUUCUUGUUGAUUGUGUAAAUGGGAACCAAGACUUUAUUCCUUGGGAGAUCUAUCCUAUUGUGCAAGAAAUAAAGAGCAGACUGGCCUCUAAUCCUCAGUUUGAUGUUGUACUUAAACGUCUCUAGGAUGUCAUGAAGCUGCAGAUAGGAUUGCUCGCAAGGUUUUUGGAGGUAAUGCCCCUCUUACUGGGCUUAUCAGCUACUGGAUCCUCUGUUAUGUUUGCUUUGACAGGAGCUCUUAAAUAUUUAAUUUCAUUUUCCGUUAGGUACUGUUCUAUGUUCAGCCUUGAAGCAUGCUUUAUGUGGUUGUUUGAAAUUGAGAAACAGUGAACACUAAUGCUAGCUUCUUUUUAGACUUUUCUAUUCUGAGCUUAUUUUUUUCAUUUCCUUUUAUUUACGCCAAGGAGUAAUAUGAUUUUUGUUCCGCUAAAACCUUUCAAAGGUAGCAGUUUUUUGUUCUUACAUUGAGCUGGUCUACCUUAUUAUGGAAUUUGAGUAUGGAACUGCAUGUAUGAGGUUAAUAACAUGGCAUUUUAGAA